AUGGCGACAGCAUAUGACCCCACCUCGGCGUCCGAGCAGCCCGUGCCGUUGCCCUCGGCGCCGCGCGAAGAGCUCGCACUGCACGGGCUGAGCCUCCAGCCGCCGCUCACCCGUGCCGGCCGCGGCCCGGGCCUCGUCGUCUUCCUCCCGCCGCGUAUCGCGAUGAACGCCAAGGAAGGCAGCGAGAAGCCGCUCGAUCCCGACCCGGUGCAGAAGUGGGCAGAGGAGGGGUUCGGUGUCGUCGGCGUAAACCUCACUGCUAGAACCGACGUCACGGAGGCGCUGGCCGUCGCGCUCGCCGCGCUGGAUUCAUGCGAGGCCGUGGACGUGGAGGGAAAGUAUGCCGUGCUAGCUGACGCCCCCGCGCGCCCAGUGUACGACCCCCAGGCGCUCGAGGCAGUGUCCGCCGCCAUACCAGCCCAGCCGACCGUCGUCGCGCUCAUCUCUCACGGCGCCGUGCCCUCGUCGGCCAACGUGCCGACGAUAGUCCACGCGCACACCGCGACGGCAGGCAAGGCGCGCCGCGACAGCUUCUACCUCAAGCCCGCGCCCUCCGGCGCAACAGUGUACCAGUACAAGGCGACUUCGCCGUACUUUGUGGUGCCCGCAGCAGGGCCGGGCGCGUACGCACCCCUCGACGCGGGCGUCGCGCAUACCCGUUCGCUCGUGUUCCUGCGCGAGCAGCUCGGCGGUCCGUACUUUGACCUCGAGGUGAUUUGGGAGGAGCACACGUACUUUGAGUUUGAGGAGCGCAGCGUCGCCAAGACGAUGGGGACGAUGGUGGCCGAACCAUACGUCAACCACGUCCCGACUAUCACGGGCGGCGUGGGGCGCGAGAAACUGUUCGAGUUCUACCGCGACCACUUCAUCUUCAACAACCCCGAAUCAACAACCCUCACGUCCGUAUCGCGCACGGUGGGCGCCGACCGCGUCGUGGACGAGUUCAUCUUCAGCUGCACGCACGACCGCCAGAUCGACUGGCUGCUGCCUGGCGUGCCCCCGACCAACAAAGAGCUCGAGAUCCCCAUGAUCGCCGUGGUCAACAUUCGCGGGGAUAGGCUGUACCACGAGCACAUAUGGUGGGACCAGGCGACGGCGCUCAAGCAGGCCGGGCUGCUGCCCGACACUGUGCCGUUGCCCGGCGGCAGUGGCGCGAGCUUGCGCCUGCCAGUUUCGGGCGACGAGUCGGCGCGCAUGCUGCUUGACGAGCGGGCCGUCGCGUCCAACUUUAUGUUUGGGCCCGAGUGGGGCGUGCAGAAGUAGUAGCGACGCAAGUACACACGCAAUGUAGGCAUCAGAUCAGUG